AUGGACCUGGGGCGGGAGGGCGUGUUUGUGGGCAGCGACGGCCCCUGGAGCUUCAGCAGCAAAUGGAACUCUUGGCGGCGCCGCAAAUACAACACUCAGUCCCAAGACACGCAUUUCCUGGCCAGCAGCAGCGCCAAAGGGAUCAACUACUUCAAAAGGUGCAGCAGCAGCAGCAGCAGCAGCAGCAGCAGCAGCAGCAGCAGCAGCGGCAGCAGCGGCGGCGGCAGCGGCGCCGGGGGGGUAGUUGUAGUGGCAGUAGGAGGGGUUGUAGCUGCAGCAGCAGCAAGAGGUGUGGCAGCAGCAGCGGCAGCAGUAGUGGUGGUAGUGGAAGGGGUAGCAGCAGCUGCAGCAGCAGCAGCAGGGGUAGUGGUAGCAGCAGCAGCGGCUGCUGCUGCUGCAGCAGCGGCAGUGGCAGCAGUAGUGAAGCCCUUGGGUGUGGGAGAGCAGCACGUGUUUGCUGUUCAGUGGCAAGAAGACAACGUACACCGCAUUCGGUGGUUUAGAGCUGCUUACGGAAUUAAGAGGGCGAAAAAGGCGGCAGAGACUUUCAGGCGAACGCUGGAGGCAGUUGGCCGUGUGGACGGGGAGCGCAGCGAGAGGCAAAUAAGAGAAAAGGAAAAAGCCAACAGACAGGCAUUGCGUCUGCGGAAGAAGUUGUUUAAAAAGAUUUCUUCAGGGCAAUUCUAA